AUGGAUCUCCGUGAUAUUAUAGCCACUCGUGGCUUUGCGACCUACAGCUUGCGUCAUCCUCUGGAGGCACUGUCGAGCUUUGGCCCGACCUUGAAUGAAGCCACUUUCGGCUAUUUCGGGGCAUCGUUCCAGCCAGAGCGCGACAUUCGCAGCCUGGACGGCAAGGUCGUGCUUGUAACAGGAGGCAAUACCGGCCUAGGCAAAGAGACCAUCCUUCAACUCGCCAAGCAUCGCCCGUCACGCAUCUACAUGGCCGCCCGCACCGAGAGCAAAGCGCGCGAAGCAAUCGAAUCGCUACAAAGCCAGCUCUCCUCCCCCGCCGAUAUCCGCUUCCUCGCACUCGAUCUGUCCUCCUUCAAAUCUAUCCACACCGCCGCAGACAAGUUCCAGACCGAUAACGAUCGCCUGGAUAUCCUAAUCCUAAAUGCGGGCACGAUGGGCAACCCGCCUACUACGACGGAGGAGGGCUUCGAGGUCCAGCUCGGCACAAACCAUAUCGGUCACUUUCUGCUCACAAAACUGCUUCUGCCUACUCUGCAGAAGACCGCUGAUCUCCAGCGUGCCAAGGGUGAGGUCCCCGAUGUCCGGGUCGUGACUGUCGCUUCGGCGGCUCUCGCUGUUAGCCCUUCCACCUUUGAGGAAAUUACAUCUACCCCUGGCUUAUUAGCUGCCAGUACCUGGACGCGUUACGGCGCUUCCAAAUUAGCUAAUAUCCUCUUUGCAUCCGAGCUAGCCCGCCGGCAUCCUGAUAUCUUGUCUAUUGCUGUGCAUCCCGGAGCGGUUGACAGCGGGCUCUAUAGAUAUGCGAAGAACCUUAACUCGACGAUGAAGUAUACUCUGACAGCUGUUGGUUCCACGUUCUUCCGAAGUGUCGCUAGUGGAGCCCUGAAUUCUCUUUGGGCGGCUGGCACGCCAAGGGAGGAUCUCAUCAAUGGAGCUUACUAUACUCCCGUUGGGUAUCGCAGUGGUGGCACUGCGCCUGCGCAGAACGCGCAAUUGGCUCACAAGCUCUGGGAUUGGACCGAGACUCAGGUUUCGAAGCAAUGA